AUGCUUUUCAAUGCACCGCAAGAAUUCGGUCAGCCACUCCUUCUUGAGGACUACGUCAACAUCCAACAGCCAGUUACCACCUCCUCUCUGUCGCUCUGCGCAGUCUGUCACAUCACCGCCUCGUCCCAACGCUGCAGCAACUGCAAGAAUAUCCACUACUGCUCCUCGCAAUGUCAAACAUGCGACUGGCCACAACACAAGCUCUUGUGCAAGCAGUUCGUGUCCUCGCAAGACGCGCGUCCGUCUCUUUCACACCGCCGCGCUCUCUACCUGCCGGACAAAUCCUCCAAGCUCUCCUUCACAUGGCUGCAGUACGGCAACAAUGGCUAUCCACUCGACCGACAAAAGCUCUUCCCCGACACGCCUAUCGCUGAGCUGAAAACUAUCGCCUUUUACAGCCGUUUCUUGCCCUACUGGAUCCAAAUCUCAUAUGACAGCAACCCUCAUGGCCGUUCCCUCAACAAGAACGAGUGCGCUGAGCGACUGCUCAAUACAACAUCCGGAGCUUCGAAGUGGAGUGGGCCGCUGGUGGUGCUGGUGUAUAGUGCGGAGGAGGGUCUGGAGAAGCCAGCGCUGGAUGUUGAUACGAGCGUGUUGGGACCGUUGGUGAAUUAUCUGAGGUUGAGGUCUGAAUACGAGGGGCCGGUGUUUGUAGAGCAGCCGCAGGAGCAAUGGGAGGGGACAGAGUUAUUGAGGAUACUAGGCGAAGAGGGGGAACAGCGGUAG